AUGAGUUCCAGUGAAGUGCUUCAACAAAAUGAUGGAGUGGAACCAACUGGUGCCACUUGCUACAAGAGAGUUCUUGGAAAACUACAGUACUUGUCAUUCACUCAUUCAGACAUAAGUUUCUCUAUGAACAAAUUGUCUCAAUUUAUGCACUCCCCAUCUGAAGUACACUGGAAAGCACUCAAACAAGUACUCAGGUAUCUUCAAGGAACAAUGCAGUUUUUUCUUCGCAUUCAAAUAGAUAAUGAUUUUAAGCUACACAUGUAUUCUGAUGCGGAUUGGGCUGUAGAUGCGAGUGAUCGAGCCUCCACUACUGGUUACAUACCGUUUUUUGGCAAAAAUCUUCUGAGUUGGUCACAGAGGAAACAAAGAAUAGUUGCUCGCUCAUCAACCGAAGCAGAGUAUCGAGCGAUUUCAAGUGCACUUGCUGAAAGAAAUUGGGUGACAAUCUGCUAA